AUGACUGCCACCAUCCGUUUAAUCACUGAAGCAGAUAAACCCCAAUGGGUGGAGCUUUGGCACAAGUACCUUAAAUUUUAUGCGUCGACUGGUAUUCCAUCCGAUUUACCUGAUACUGUCACUGACACGACUUUUGCACGUUUUCUUGAUGACAAGGAGCCCAUGGCUUGUUUUGUGGCCGAAGACGACGAAACCCACAAGCUUAUUGGGUUUGCCAAUUUCCUGUGGCACCGAAACACAUGGGCUGUUGAAGACCGCAUCUACUUGAACGAUUUGUUUGUCGAUGAAUCGGUCCGCUGUGGCGGUGUUGGUCGCAAGCUAAUUGAAGCUAUUUACAAGUACGGCGAUGAACAUGGUAUGCCUAGCGUAUACUGGAUGACCCAGGUCUUCAACCACCGUGCACAGCUACUCUACACGAAGGCUGGUGUUCGUGACGGGUUCGUAACAUACUCGAGACCUUGA